AUGAAGCCGACCACCACCGCCGUGUUGGCCUCCCUCUUCGGGUUGAGCGCCGCUCAGUGCGCCAGGGACAACUGUCUGCGAGCUAUCGCGGCCAGUGCCUUCCCGACCCGAAGCGGCACUGCGGACUGCUCUCGCUUCCUGGAGAGGACUGUCUUCCCCGAGACGGCCACCGCGACCGCGACCGUGACGGUCCCCACCACGGGCGUCAUCACCGAGACCGUGACCGUCACCGGCGCCGGAGGACCGGGCCCGGUUUUGACCAGCACCGUCGUCGACACCGAGGUGAUCUCGACCACCCUGACCAACGUCAUCGGCACCACCGAGACCAUCACCGCGUCGACCGAGACCAUCGUCAUCCCGACCACCGUCGUCGUCUCCUCCACCCGGACCCUCACCUUCGGCACCACCGAGAUCGUCACCGUCACCACCGAGACGCAGACCAUCGACGCCACCAUCGCCGUCGUCAACAAGCGCCAGGCCAGCACCGUCGUCCCCGCCGCCUUCCCGACCUACGCCUCGGCCUGCAGCUCCGUCGAGCGCUACGCCUCGGCCUGCUCCUGCCUGGGCGUCACGCCCGGCACCGUGACCUCGGCCACGACCACCGUCACCACGACCACGAGCGUCCCCGCCACCGUGAUCGCCACCGACGUCGUCACCGUCACGGUCAGCGGCAGCGCGGACCCGGCCUCGACCGUCCUGGCCACCAGCACCGAGACCACGACCGCCGUCGUCACCACCGACGUCGUCUCCGCGGUGACCACCUCCGUGACCGCCACGACCGAGGUCGGCAGCACCUCCACGGAGUUUGUCGAGGAGACCACCUCGCUGACCAGCACGUUCAUUUUCAACGCUACCUUCACCACCUUCAUUACCCGCACGACUUCUCUCCCUCCUGUCGUUAACAGCACCACUUCGACCUCUCUGACCACCAUCUCCGAGUCGUCUGUGUUCCCCAACACCACUUCCAGCCUGACGUCCUUCGUCUCCGAGACUUCCACGUCCACUGGUUUCCCUAACGUUACAUCUACCGAGUCGACUUCGAUCUCGUCCACUCUUUUCCCCAACACCACCAGCACGUUCGUCUCUGAGACGUCCACUGGCUUCCCUAACGUGACUUCUACUGAGUCUUCUACCGUCUCAUCGACGACUUUCCCUAACAUCACCAGCACUUCUUCCGAGAUUGUCUCUUCUACUGCUCUCCCUAACGUGACUUCUUCCAUCUCCUCGUUCUUCCCGAACGUCACUUCUACCGAGUCCGUCUCGUCCACUCUCUUCCCCAACACCACCACGACCGUCGGGUCCAGCACUCUGUCCACCAUCUUCCCCAACACCACCACAUCCGACGUCAUCUCCUCGACCGUGUUCCCUAACACCACGACCGGCGUCCCCUCCUCCACGCUGUUCCCCAACACCACCAGCACGGUCGUCGGCAGCUCGUCCACCCUGUUCCCGAACGUCACCGCGACCGAGACCAGCGCCACCUCGACCCUCUUCCCCAACACCACUUCCACCGAGGUGAUCUCCUCCACCACCUUCCCCAACGUCACGAUCACCUCGGCCACGGAGACCUCGACUCUCUUCCCCAACAGCACGACGACCGACAUCUCCGCUUCCACCCUGUUCCCCAACAGCACCGCCGUCGAGUCCACCACCGCCGCUCCCUCGUCCACCCUCUUCCCCAACACCACCGUGACCGCCACCGAGUCCUCCACGAUCUUCCCCAACAGCACCACCGUGGACGUCAGCUCCUCGACUCUGUUCCCCAACAGCACCACGGCCAGCACCAUCUUCGACUCCUCCACCUCUGAGUUCAGCUCGACCGUGACCGGAGCCCCCAACGUCACCGUCAGCACCUCUACCGAGUUCCCGAUCCUGACGACCACCGACGACUCCACCACCGAGGCCACCUCCACCGCUGAGGCCACGAGCUCCUCCUCUUCCUCCGAGUCCAUCAUCGACUCCGUCCCCUCCACCACCACCACCCCCUCCUCCACCACCGUCCCCGCAACCUCCACCGUCGUCUCCUCCUCCGCCACCCCCACCGCCUCGCCCAUCUUCGCCCGUAACGUCUGCCUGAAGGUGACCUCCCCCGGCCUGAUCCAGGGCGCCAAGCUCACCCUCGGCGCGAACCGCUUCAACCUCCGCAACGAGCGCGACCCGGCCCCCGCCGCCCUCUUCGACAUCAACCUCACCACCGGACAGGUCUUCCAGUCCAACGGCGAGACCGUCGCCCUCUCCGCCCCCUUCGAGGCCGAGACCCGGCCCCUCAACGGCUUCACCCCGUCCCAGGUCCUGCGCAUCAAGCUCGCGCCCCUCGUCUGCCGCACCUCCGGCGCCUCCCUCCCCGUCGGCGUCCCCCUCAACUGCACCGCCUCCGGCAACGACGACGUCAACGUCAAGUCCUACACCCGCUUCUUCUACAACUCCAACGACCUCGAGGGCAUCGUCCGCAUGGCCACCGCCGACCGCGUCUUCAACCGCGUCAACACCGAGCUCCAGCUCGCCCCCUACACCGGCGAGGAGUGCUCUUAG